AUGGAAUGCGAAGAGUCGCUGGUACAUCCCGAUCUGCUGGGACAACCCAAAGACGUCUUUCGCGCGAUUGAUGUGGACAAGAUGUGCAUUGUCGAAGCUCCCCAAUCUUCACGCUAUGUCGCCUUGAGCUACCUUUGGGGCAAGAACUUCGCCCAGCUAUUUACAACCUCCAAAAACUUGCCGAAACUGUCGCAACCUGGUGCGCUCGAGAAGGAAAAGUUGCCUCGGACGAUUAAAGACGCCAUCAAGCUCACAAAGAUGCUGCAAGAGAAAUAUCUGUGGACGGAUAGCUUGGCACUGUUGCACGACGACGGAUUUCAGUAUCAUGACGACUGGGUCUAUGCCAGAGCUGCUCUGACCGUGGUUGCCGGUUCGGGCAAGGACGCCAAUGCCGGUCUACCAGGAGUAAGAAAAGAGUCCCGAACAUUCCACCAAGAGAUUGAAGAGGUGAAGCCCGGCCUGCGGCUAAUGGUGUCCCAUCUUGCUGAAGAUUACAUUUCAACCUCACAAUGGGAUUCUCGUGCCUGGACUUUCCAGGAGAGAAUGCUUUCAAGGCGGUGUCUGCUGUUCGUCAACGGGCGGAUAUAUUAUCAGUGUCGGCGGACCACAUUCUGCGAAGAUAUGGAAAUGCCUCGAUCCAAUGGCUGGUCAUUGGACUCAAUCGAUAUGCCCACCAGAAUCUUCCGGGAGAAACCGUUUGUUCAGUUCACCUCAGCAGUGGAACUAUACACCCGACGAGAAUUGACGAACCCCAAUGAUAUCCUGAACGCUUUUGAAGGAGUGCAGCUGGUAUUAGAGAAACGGAUCGGAGAUAAAAUAUACUAUGGCGCCCUCGAGACAAUGAUGGACCCAUCUUUGCUGUGGGAGUCGACGAAAAGGCUAUCUCGACGAGUCGGGUUUCCGAGUUGGUCGUGGUCCGGCUGGAUGGGGGAGAUACAGUGGAAGUUCACCGAGGUGGCUCGAUCUUGGAUUGAGUGGCAUGCUGAUCAGGCCAUUGGUAUCCAUUCGUUCCCCAAACAAGCCUAUGAACGGAUACCGCCGCCUAUACCUCGGCCGGAGUACCUUGGACCGAUGUCGAACCACAACCUAAGCACCCUGCUUCCUUUAUUACACUUUAGAACUGUCACGGCGCAGUUCAAGCUCACCUCGCCGGCGCUUAUUCACAAAUCAGUAAUAUCUCCGUUGAGGAAGAGGCUUACUGGGCCUAGCGCUCUGUCGACAGUACGACCAGCUCCCGCAGAUCCUGGAUUGAUUAGAGCAGGCAUUGCGGAUCGGAAUGGGUUGUGGUGUGGCACUAUUGAUCUUGAUGCGGCCUGGAUGCCACGUGUUGGGACGCCGCUGGAUUUCUUGGUCUUGUCAAGGGUAAGUUCAUUUGCCGAUGAUGAAUUGGCUAUCUGGGAGGGCACAUUACCAGAUGACGUAGAGGACGUGUUAAAUCAGCGGGACUACGGCGUUUAUAUUGUCAUGUUGGUUUCCAAGAGGGGCGGAAUAUACUACCGUGAAGGGUUGGGACGGAUAUUAACAGAGGCGUUGGACAGGGCCCUCGAGCCCGGGCCGAAAUGGGAGGACAUAGUGCUUGGCUGA